GUGUCGGCAUGCACGUGCAUGAAGGUUACCAACAGCGCGUUCUUGAUUGUAGGAAACGCCUUAUCUCGAUUGAGUCACCUGGUCGUGGCGAAUGCAAAGAGUUAACGGCAUUUGGAACUGGACGUAAAAUACCUUGAGUUUUGUAUGUCUCGAAAGGGUGCUAGGGCUCGGGGUACUUGAACGGCUACGACUCCACUAACCAGCCUCACUCGAACAUUUUCGCAGUCUCGAGCACAGCCAUCUCCACCUCGCUCCGUCCAGAGCAGGUAUUACCGUGAUCGGAUCUAUCGAACACUCGCAUAUUCCAGCCUUUCAACAAGCCAGCGCUUGUCUUCCCACCUUCUUCCUCAUCCUCCAGUCGAGAAGUUAUCCCCAGACAGACAUGACGCUCAGCGGACCCGUGAAGCAGCAGCUUGAGGCCGCACGCGGCUACGUGUACCCGACGGACGGCGCGUUGGUUCCCGUGAACACCAAGAAGAGUGUGACAGGCAGCCAACUGCUGAAUGGCUACCGCCACCGCAGCGCCAAGGUUUGGAACUUCCUCGGACAUAAGCUGGCGGUCAUCAAGACGGUCAAACAGCGCAAGCGCCUUCUUGAGGUCGUGGCCAAGGGCGAUAUGGCCGAGGUCAUGGAUGCGCUCAAUGCCGGUGCCGACCUAGACGUCAAAAACUCGCUCGGCCAGUCGGCAGCCUACGUGGCCGCCGCCAACGGCUUCCACCACGUGCUCUCGUUGCUGCUGGAACGUGGCGCCAAUGCCAACGACGUGGCAUUGGACGGCACCUCGCCCCUGCACGUUGCCUGCGAGAACAACCACGACCGCGCUGCCAAGAUCCUCAUCAAGUAUAACGCGCGCGUGGAGGUGGCCGCGCUCAACGGGUACACGCCGUUGCACCUUGCGGCAAAGCACGGCCACACGGAGAUCGUGUCUGCCCUGUUGUCGGCGCGGGCCAAAUGCGACUUCCCGGUCAAGGACACGACUACCACGGCGCUUUUGCUUGCCUGUAUGGCUGGUCAUUCGAGCGUCGUUGAGCAGCUGCUGGACGCUGGUGCCGACCCGCAGGUGGAGGACGCCGACGGCAACACUCCGCUGCACUUCACGAGUCGCGACGGCAACUACCGUGCAACGUACCUUUUGUUGACGGCUGGAGCUGACCCGGACAUGCCGAACGAGCAGGACGAAACGGCUUUUGAUAUGGCGGAGAAGCAGGGCCACUCGCAUGUGCAAUAUCUACUGGAGACCAACGGCAUGGGUGUGGACGGCCAGACAGUGGACGAGAUGGACAUGGCCUGCUCCCAGGACGCCCGACUCAGCGAGGCAUUGGCCCGCAACCGACCAGAAAUCGCCGAGAUCAUCGUCAAGCUUCACAUGAAAUACGCGGGCUACUUCGCGUUGGGCGCGCUGCCCGAAGACGAACGUGUGACGGAGUUCUCAGAGAACACCAACCAGCUACUGUUCUAAGCGAGUUGCUGGCAUGGAACGCCAUGAGCCGAGCCUAUUUCGCUGGAUGUACAACAACCCAUGCGCAAAUCAACAAAGAGAAAGAAGCUCCAUGCGAGAGAAGCAAGAAUCAAUGCUUGUCUCCAUAUCAAUAAAUCUAGCACGAUUCCAGCGAGAGAAGCAGGAGUGGGGGUAGACACGUUCCAUUCGAUGUAUAUAGAAGCUGUGAAGUGAUGCGUGAACUCAAAUGUAGUCGACGAUAUCAUACUCCUCUGUAUUGCUAGCAUCGCUAUUGUUUUGAGCAGGUAUGUCUACCUGGAAAGGCCGUGUAGAAAUUAGCAUGAGCUCUGCAUUACGUAUUCAUGCGAAAUUGAUGUGCUCGUUGCAAACGGC